AUGUCAACCUGUCCACACAUAUCGUCAGCAUCACUCAGCCCACCUCGACCCAAUCAAUCUGUCUACAGGGAGGACUGCACACUCUGCUUCGACAGCAUCGACUCGCCCGAAGGCCUCGACGUCUGUCUGCAUUGCUUCAACGGAGGAUGUGCCACCGAACGCCAGCAUGCCGCAAAGCACGCUCGAGAAGCUAGUCACCCUUUAGCUCUCAACAUCAAGCGCACACGCAAGCAAAAGCACAGAGAUGAGCCGCCACAAAAGAUGUCGAAGCUGGCCAUCAAUGCCGAGACAGAGGAAGAUCGCUUUGACACCGUCUCGUCCGUCAAAUGUUUCGAGUGUGGCAACAAUGAUCUAGACAAGAGCCAGGGAACUCUCGCCGCCGUGGUUGACGGUGUGCUCAAGGCAAACACUUUCGCAAAGCAAGAGGAGGUCAAGGCAUGGGAGCAAGAGAUGGUUCCGUGUGAGCACACGCUGUGUUUAGAGCAAGAGGCUGCUCGCCAGAUCCAUUCGCAAGCUCUCGGUCACUGUUCUCAGUGCGAUCUGAACCAGAAUCUGUGGCUAUGUCUUACUUGUGGUAACCUGGGUUGCGGAAGAGCUCAGUUUGGUGGUGUUGGCGGCAACUCACACGGCGUGGCUCAUACCGAUUCUACUGGACACCCUGUCGCCGUGAAGCUAGGCUCUCUGACCGCCGAUGGUAACGCCGACAUCUACUGCUACGCUUGCAACGAAGAACGUACUGAUCCCGAACUUGUCGCCCAUCUUGCCCACUGGGGCAUCGACAUUGCUGGUCGCGAGAAGACGGAAAAGAGUUUGACAGAGAUGCAACUUGAGCAAAACCUACGUUGGGAAUUCAGCAUGACCAAUGAGGAUGGCAAGGAACUCAAACCUAUGUGUGGUCCUGGUCUUACUGGUCUGAAGAACCUUGGAAACAGCUGCUACCUUGCUAGUAUUGUCCAAAGCUUGUUCGCCAUGCCCGAAUUCGCCCAGCGAUACUACCGUCCUGACGAGAAGCUACCACCUACAUCGAACCCCGCUGAAGAUCUUGAGAUCCAGCUUCGCAAGAUGGCCGAUGGCCUACUCUCUGGACGUUAUGCUGUCCCCAACUCGGAUGUUAUCGCCUCAGAAGAUACUACAGAACAACCGCAUCAGAAGGGUCUGGCUCCUGCCAUGCUCAAGCAUCUUAUUGGCAGAGGCCACGAGGAGUUUUCUACUAUGCGCCAACAAGAUGCCUUUGAGUUCUUGCUUCAUCUGCUCAAGCUCGUCUCUCGCUCACAACGUGCCGCAAAGGACCACUACAAGGAUAUCUCAGACCCCAUUGACGCCUUCCGCUUCGUCAUGGAACAGAAGCUACAAUGCCUGAACUGCAACAAGGUCCGCUAUCGUCAAGACGAGGUUGAGAACAUCUCAGUGGCCGUGCCCAUUAAGCGUUUGCCCAAGGACACCAAGAUGGAAGGCGUGACUCCUGGACCUGAUGGCUCUGCGGAAAAGGAGGCCGAGGAGUUUGAGUCUGUGACUCUGCAACGUUGCUUAGAUGAGUUCACUGCACCAGAAGUGGUUGAGCUGAAUUGCAGUGCAUGUGGAGGCAAGAACUUCAGCAAGCAGUCCCUCUUCAAGACCUUCCCUACCGUCCUGGCCGUCAACGCUCGUCGCUUCGAAAUCGUGAAUUGGGUCCCUACCAAACAAGAUGUUCCCGUCAUUGUUGAUGAGGGUACUAUCGACUUCGAAGCUUACCGCAGCCAGGGUCAACAGCCUGGUGAAGAGCUCCUUCCCGACGAUGCCGCCGAUGCCAGUGCCGGAUCGAAUGCCUUCGUCCCCAACGAGGUUGCUCUGAGUAUGCUUGAAGCCAUGGGUUUCCCUCGAGUUAGAUGUGAGAAGGCACUCCAUGCUACUGGCAACACAGAUGCGGAGACAGCAAGCUUGUGGUUGUUUGAGCACAUGGAAGAUCCAGACAUUGACGAACCCAUGGACCUCUCAGGAGGAGCUAAUACUGGUGCCAGCGGCGCAGUCGAUCCCGAAAAGAUUGAGAUGCUUGGAAAUAUGGGCUUCGAACCACCUCAGGCACGCCAGGCAUUGAAAGAGACCAACGGUGACAUGGAGCGUGCAGUUGAAUGGCUGUUCAACCACCCUGAGGCGACAGGUGACUUUGGAGACGAGCAACAGGAUUCUGGUGACAAGGCUGAGCCAAAGGCAGCCGUGGAAGACAACAAGCCUGCCAAAUUUAAGCUUCAGUCCAUCGUAUGCCACAAAGGCAGCUCAAUUCAUGCUGGUCACUAUGUCGCUUUUAUCCGCAAGGAUCCUGGAUGGAUUCUGUUCAACGACGAGAAGGUUGCAUUGGGUGGAGAUGUUGACGAGAUGAAGAAGUUUGCCUACGUCUACUUCUUCCGCAGAGAAGCUGCGUAG